AAAAGUAUUGAGCUUGCCUAGAUCUAUUUGUAUGGCUUCUUUUACUUUCCGAUAACAUUCUUUGAUUCACAUACGAAAAGAUCUACUAAUAAGAUUAAAUUAUAUUAGUUUACAUGUACAUAUUUCAAAAGUAUAAUAAUUCACGGACAUGUUAUCGUUGGUAUUCCUUUCUGAAUAAAAAAAUAUUAAAGCUGUUCGUUUCAAUUAAAAGCACUGAUUUCGAAUGGUGCUAGAAAUUUAAAUUUUAGCGUAUAUUAAAUAAUAGCCCCACCAUAUCUAUGCACCAACCGAUCCCAGUUCUUUCAACUUGAAUUUUUUGCUCAGUAUUGAAAUACACCUGGUAUCCUUGCUAAUUUUUAUUUUUUAAAAGUGCAAUUUCUGUUAAUUCCCGGUAUUUGCCUUCCUGCGAAUGUGAUUGUACUAUGUCAACUGUUGGGAGAAGGUUUAAAGUCUGAGUUUAAAUGUGUAAAACCAGUUACAGAUGAGAUGCGGCCAACAAUGGCAUAUGUAAGAAAACGAAUCAAGUACGUUCAUCGGGUUUUAUGCAUAUUCAGUUACUCUAAGUAUUAACAAUUUGCAUCUUAACUAUUUAAUUUAUAAACACAUGCAAGUGGGUGCAUAUAUACAUGUGAAGUUAACCUCGUUAUAGCAUAUUGUGUACGUACAUUUCCUUUAUAAUCUUUGCUAUGUAUAUACAAAUUUAUAUCCUUGAAUGCACAUGUACUAUGUGUUAUAUGUAACUAAUACCUAGCUGUUACUUACGACUGUUCCACUUCUUUUAUGUGAUUUUUUCACUUCACCGUCCGUCGACAGACAAAGUACACAAAGAGUAGGUUUCGCUGAAGAAUAUACCUCUUAAAACUGGUUACACAAUUGUAAUUUGUCUAUUCGCCUAAGAGUUACCGCUGUAGGUAAUUUAAAUCAAGCGUGAUCCUCAUGCAUUAGAAUACUUUCAUAUCAAAUUUCACAUUUGCCUUUUUAUGGUAAAAGUGAUGAGCAUUGCGAAAUAAAAAAAAAACGUCUUCAGAUCGGACCGUAAGGCUUACUCAGAGAAAAUGCAAUAUGAAAUUAAUGUAAAAUAUUUAAAUAGUAGCGCAACUUCGGGUAUUACAAGCGUCUAAUAUAGUAAACUUCCCUUUAUCAGAAACUAAUAAAAAGUCUUGCGGUAUUUUCGCUAGUUGGCGCUGAAAGCGCGUAGUUCUAGUUUUAUUCGUCGCAUCGGAUCAUGCUUUACCUUUUUGGAAAGCUCAUUUCACGCGCUAACACGUGUUUGAUUGAUUGUCGUUUCUUUUAAGGCGUUCGUGAGUUAUAUCGACGCAAAAAUGGAGCAAAAUAAAGAGAAAAUACGGCAUAUUUUACAGUACUACUACGAUAAAGGCAAAAAUGCAUCUCAAGCCGCCAAUAAAAUUUGUGCAGUUUAUGGACCCGAUAUAGUUUCCAUUUCCACCGCACAACGAUGGUUUCAACGUUUUCGUUCUGGUGUAGAGGUGGUCGAGGAUGCACCACGCUCCGGAAGGCCUGUCGUCGAAAAUUGCGAUAAAAUCGCUGAAUUGGUCGAAAGAGACCGGCAUAGUAGCAGCCGUAGCAUCGGUCAAGAGCUGGGCAUGAAUCAUCAAAAAUUCAUUUCAACUUCAAUAAAAAAAAAAUCAAUAAAAAUACCGCAAGACUUUUUUGACAACCCAUUAUUUACACUUGCUAGCAUUGUAAAAUAUGUACAUAUGUCUUGCAGUUGUUGAAUUUCUAAAAGUACACUAAUCGAAAUAAUUAAGCACGUCGCAAAUUUAUAAAUAGUAAUAUUAUAAUUUCAUUUCCGAAAGAUGAGCUUCACAAUAAUGCUAAUAUUAAGUUCAAGUUUUACAAUUAAAAAAGAUGAGUACUUUAUAGGCCAAUUUCUCCUAAGAUUUCAUAAUCAAUCCCCACCACAUUUCCUAAGUAGUAUGUCUGUUAAGGUCAACAUAUGUAUGUGGAAGAUAUGUUGUAAAAUGUAUACUGGAUAGAAAUAUGAGUUGUGCACUGUUAACACAAGCUUCAAGCUCUGCACCUGUAAGGGAUAAUAGGAGUAUUCUAAAAAGGUAUACUGCGGCAACAGUUGCCAUUUUUACCAGUCCUGCUGUGGUUAAAGUAUAAAUUGAUAAACAAGUUUACUGAGCAUUUCAGUUUAUUAAAUCGUCUGUACUUAUAUAAACGACGUACGGUGUUGCAUUCGUGGAGUUAAAUUUGGUAAUCUGGGCACCAGCCAUUAGUUAAAGAUUAAAUCAUAGUGAUUUUGGUGGGAAAUAACUGCAAUGACAAAAAUAUCUUGUAUACGUAACGUCAUAGUGAGUGAAAAAAUAUUUAUUAUGAGUGUGUGUUAGUAAGAAUAUUGUGGAAAUUGUCAUGUAAAGUGUAUACAUAUUAACAAAAUGUAGGCAUAAAUAAGUGUGUUUAGUAGAAUAAAGAUUGUUAUUUCACACAUAUGUAUACGUACAUAUGUACGUAAAAAUAAAUAUGUAUAUAGGUUAAAAAUCACAAAGAUUUUGAUCAACAAUUCUGUUCAUAUGCAAAAGCUGUUGACCUUGUUAAUGUGUGAAUGUGUUACGUCGCUGAUAAAUGUCGUCUGGUGAGUGGAAUUUGUGUGCUCUUAAAGCACUUGAAGAAGAAGAACAGAAAGAAUUUCUAGCACUAAGUCAAAAAAGUCCCUUCGAAUCAGUAUGUUUGCCGACGGAAGAAGAUUUGCUGCAUCAGACUGGAGAUCUUAGCCACAGUAAUUUUCAACCGAAAGUGUCGUAUGCUCAACUUCAGCCACAUCUAUUAAAGUUGCCCACCAUUAACGAAUGUAAUCUCAUUGCAGCGGCUCGAAGACGUCGAUUUCGGUUGCAGCAACAGAGUACUCGCGUAUUAUCUCUCUCAGCUCAUUCCUUAACAGAACGCAGCAAUCGAAAUCAGAAAAAUGUUGCCUUAUCAGAAACUAACGACAAAAUGUCGCGAAUUAGUAGGUCAACUCAGUUCUACAAUGUUCCACCAUUCUACACACCACCCUCCAUAAAACGAUGCGCGACUUCUCACCGCAAGUCCUUCAAGAACUCUCUGCAGGACUUGAACAAACAAAAACCGGAUCAUAAAAGGGAUGUGACAAAGAAAUCUUACUCUAAAUAUGGUUCCAAUUCUACGGUUGCCUCAGUUACUGAAGAACGCAAAAAGUUGCAUACCUCUUUGGUUGAAAUUGAAUCUUACACUUCUGAUGAGAACGAUUCAGAGGAGAAUUCUAUUAACAUUGAUCAAUCAGAUCACUGGAUAAAAACAUAUGAAGAUUGUGACGACAAUGCCACUGAGACAGGUUCGUGCUCCGUGCCUUUGGCUUCGGAUUCAGUUGAAGCGAUUCGUCUUAUGCUAUCCGCCGCAACUGCAGCUAUCACAUAUACCUCCAAGUCUGAUAACACCCCAGUUUCUGCCUCAACGUUAACCACAGUUAAAUUAGACGGCCACAGAACCUCUCCACAAACUAACCACAGCAACAAUCUCCUUACAUUGCCAUCAUCGUUUCUCUUGAAAUCAUCGUCAGCACCCGAAUCCACAUAUAAUGGUGUACGAAACGAAACUAAAGAAAAACGAGAACGCAGUUUAACAGAUGAAAGCUAUGUUAAUAAUGAUGCCAGCAAAUGCAAGAAUAAGAAGAGUAGACACCCCUUGGUAACUGCCUGUUAUUUAAAUAGUUGUCAUAAGGCCAACUUGUUGGAUGUGAGCGUGGAAUUUAAUGGGUGUUUGCAGGUUAAUAAAGCGGAUAACACGGUACGGAAGUGUAACGUGAAAACAAGUCCGAUUGCUCAGAGUAUUGAAUUGACCAAACCAGCAAUAAAAAAUGGAUUAGAUAUUUUAUCUAACUUUUCUUGUAACAAAACGGUAUGGAUGAAAUCAAAACCGAUUGUUACAAAUAAACCAAACAAUCAUAUCCAGAAAUUACUUUUACAUGCCACCCAUGGAGAGAAUCUCCAUCGUUCAUUAAUACGGUGCAAAGACGUCGUUAAAGAAGAAUCUCUAAAAAAUGAUAGUAAUUGCAAAAACUCACUAUCUAUGGGAAUUUUACCGAUAGCCGAAAGACCCAAUUGGACAUCUUUUGCGCAGUUGCACCACCAAUUUUUCGAUGAUGAACUUGAAGAACAUAUCAAACAAUGCUCUUGUUCAUGCAAUCAUAUGGGUUUUGGAAAUUCUAUGGAUUAUCAGACCAUUGGCUUUGGUGGCCUACCUGAUGUCACCGAGCACUCCAAUACCCGUCGCACACAUUCCCGCCAAAACUCCAUUUCGAACAGUGAUUCAGGUGGCGAAAUUGCCAAUGCGAAUAGGUCAAAAGUGAACUUGUGUGAUGGCAAAUCGCCACAAACAGGCCAAACUACCCCCGUCGAGCGUAAAUCAAAAAUAACCCACCAUGCAGCUGCUGCUAGAUGCAGCAGGGCACAUCGCCUCAAACCGCGACGCGGAUCCUGUGCCAUAUUCUUGACUUUUGUUGGCACGAUAUGCUUGCUUACUAUCGGCGCAUUGCUUGCAUACCAACACUUUAUGGCGCCCAACCGCAAUUCGCAUGCACAAAGACUGAAAAUAGUGCGACGGAUACUAAAAGAAGUGCCGCUGGUGGAUGGCCACAAUAAUUUUGCAUGGAAUGUCCGGAAAUACGCGCACAACAGUUUGGAGUUGAUAAGCAUGAGACGCGAUCCAAAUACUGAAGCAUGGACUCGACCGACGUGGGCUCAGACGGAUGUUGAAAGGCUUAAACAAGGACUGGUCGGUGUACAAAUGUGGUCAGCAUAUGUUCCAUGUGAGGCAUUGGGACUGGACGCCGUCCAAGUAGCAAUAGAACAAAUUGACAUUAUUCGUCGCCUGACUGACAUGUAUACCUUGGAUACAAUGUUAGCAAAAUCUUCCAAGGACAUUUUUAUAGCACGACAGCAUCAUCAGAUGGCUUCGUUAAUUGGCAUCAAAGGUGGUCAUGCCAUCGGCUCCUCUCUUGCCGUUUUAAGAUCAUUUUAUUCAGUUGGCGCACGUGCCCUUAGCCUUACGCAUAAGUGUGAUCUCUCAUGGGCAGGAUCAAGUGCCUCAGAAACAGAAAAUGGUUUAUCCGCGUUUGGCAAGGUAGUCAUUCGAGAAAUGAACCGCUUGGGAAUGAUGGUAGAUUUAUCUUAUAGUUCUGCUGCGACAGCCCGCGACGUCUUGCAAAUCACCCGGGCCCCCGUUAUAUUCUCUCACUCCGCUGCACGACAAAUAUGCAACUCCACACACAAUAUACCCGACGACAUUCUUCGACUAGUGGCAGAUAACGGUGGCCUAAUUAUGGUUAGCUUCGACCCAGAGGACGUGGCUUGCGGUCAACCGGCAUAUCUUGCAGACGUUGUAAAACAUAUUAAACACAUUCGUGCAAUAGCUGGUGUCCAACAUAUUGGGUUAGGCGCAGGAUAUGAUGGCAUAGAAGAACCGCCUAUAGGCCUUGAGGACGUAUCCAAAUACCCAGAUUUGCUGGCGAGUCUGCUUCAAGAUCACAAUUGGAGUGAGCAAGACAUUGCAAUGUUAGCCGGAAAAAAUUUUCUUCGCAUUUUGGAAACUGUGGAAAAUGUACGAGACUAUUGGAAACGUGCUGACAUUCAACCGCUCGAACAGACUGAACCACAACCGAAACCACAGUGCUCAUACAUGUCUUCGUGACCAUAGCUGCAGACAGUAAGCAACCCUUGUGCUACUGUGCACAAAUUUUACUUUUAUGGAUGCAAUCGUAUUGUGCAUAUAAUAGAAAGUAUGUUGUCCCAGGUAAAUACUGGUGACUUCAGCAAAAUACAAUUGAUAUAUUAGGUUAUUUAUACAAUUAAACUACCCGUAUUUGUAUAUACAUAUAUAUGUUAAUUAAUGGAACAUUAGCUGCGCAUAUACAUACAUAUGCAUGCUUGUACAGCAAUAAAAAAUUAUUUGAAACUGUGUAUUGUAUUUAAGGAAAUAUUUGUUGUGAAAAGGAAAUUCAACUUAACAUAAUAGACAACAAAAUAGAAAAUAAUUAAGAAUAAUUAUAUCGGAUUGAAGAGUGAAUUAAUAAGUUUACACCGAAGCACAAAUUACAAGCAUAUCUAUUAUAAUAAUUUCUUUGGUGUACAUUUAGUUAUUGUGUUGUUUUGUUUUUCUGUUUUUAGGAAAGAAUGCCAGAUUUUUCGAGAGACUAAAAAUAAUUUUGGAAUAUAUGAGACUAUGAAAAUUAACAAUUUGAAACUUAGAUACACUAAAGCACGCAUUUAUACUCUACCUAACUAAAAUAUUUAUAUGUAGUAAAAUAUAUAAUUUAAAUUUUCUACAUAAGCACAGGUAAAUGAAUGUGCCAAUGUUUGCAUAUGUAGUUUGUUAGAGACUAUUGAGAAUGCCAGUUUUAACAUUAUUUUUAUUGUUACUAAGACAAUCCUUGCCACAAGUAGAUAACAUAAAGAUCUGAAAAAUAAAUGCAUAUACAUUCACAUAUAAUUCUAGAAACCAUUUCCAUAUGCAACCAUACAUAAAGUCUUAAUAUAAAGGUUAUGUGGUGUCCUUACAAAAAAUAACAAAUUAGUUUAACUAUUGAAUUAUUUUGGAGCGGUUUGAAUAAUUCAUUCUCAUCUACUUGCAUUACUUCUUUUUGUAAUACAAUGAAUAUUGUAUGUGUAGAGAAAAAAAUCUAAUAGUGAAACAAAUUGUGUUCCGUUACAAAUAUUAAAAUUAGACACACGUACAGUGAUGUAUUUAAAAGAAAAAUAUGUUACAAAAUAUCGAUAUAACCAAUCACUUAAUUACAUCGAAACGAUUUUAAAUAUAUACACAUGAGUAAAAAAUAUAUGAUAUACAAGUUGCUAACAGAGACAUCAAACAAUUGUCUUGAAUCAAAAAUUUAAGCAACGAAAAAUACUGCAAUGUAUAUAUGUAUGUUUGAUAAACCCAUACCAUAUUCGUGAAAGCAAGGGAUCCAUCAAAAAUGGUUAUUAUUUAAAAGAAAUGUUUAUUCAUCCGUUUGUUAACUCAUUUUCACUCCAACACAUUUACAUUUAAAUGAAAGAAAAAUGCAAUAAAAUAUAAGUGAACAUAAAAUAAAUAUAA